AUGGUUGAUGUGCAAGACAACCUUGGAAAGCAGGUGUGUGAAUCCCUCGGGGAUGAAGGUAAUGUUGUUUUUCUCCAUUGUGAUGUUUCCAUAGAAGAUGAUGUUUCCCAUGCAGUGGACUUAACUGUGGGUAGAUUUGACACCCUUGACAUCAUAGUCAACAAUGCUGGAAUUUCUGGAUCACCUGGUCCUGACAUCCGCAAUUCAGACUUAUCAGAAUUUGACAAGGUGUUUAGUAUAAAUGUUAAAGGAGUGCUCCACGGGAUGAAACAUGGUGCUCAAAUUAUGAUCCCAGAGAAGAAGGGCUCAAUUGUUUCUUUAUGCAGUGCAAGUGCCUUAGGUGGCCUUGGACCACAUGCAUACACAGGUUCUAAAUAUGCUGUUUUGGGACUUACAAAGAAUGUUGCAGCUGAACUAGGGAAACAUGGUAUAAGAGUGAAUUGUGUGUCACCUUAUGGUGUUGCAACAGGUUUGGCUGUGGCCCAUUUGCCUGAGAAUGAGAGAACUGAGGAUGCAAUGGUUGGUUUUCGUGAUUUUACUGGGAGAAUGGCCAACUUGUAG